AUGUAGAACCUCCCGUGUUUCCCUAUGGCUGCCCUGCUGACAUUGAAACCCAUGCUGGUCCAUUGGGAAUCCCAGCUACUGUGAUUUAUGAAUACCCAGUGGUUACUGAAAAUUCUGACGAAGCUGUCAACAUUACUGCCGAGCCUGAGUUAGGAUCUGAGUUCAGCAUCGGAGCUACUAACAUUACCAUAACCGCCACUGAUUCAGAGGGAAACACUGCUCAUUGUCAAUUUCUUGUCAUAGUUAAAGAAAUUUCUUGUGAGAAGCCUAAUUUUGAUUCUACUGGAAAAUAUAUGGAAUAUGAUUGUCCAGAUCACUUUGUGUAUGGCGCCAACUGUUCAUUAAUGUGCUCUGAUGGAAAACAUGUACGGGGACCAUCUUUGAUAACAUGCGUCAAGACAGGCAACGAGGAAAAACUCUCGUGGACAUGGUCCGGUGAUAUGGCACCCUAUUGUGAAUCUGAAAUUUGUCCAAAAUUAAAGACACCAAAACAUGGUUCCUUGAUUUGUACCAAGAUUUUUAGUAGUGAAGAUCAGCAGUGCAUUGUACAAUGUGAGGACCAGUAUAUGUAUCCGAUGACAGCCCCUGAAAUAUUUAUGUGUCUUCAGAGUGUAGGAGAGUGGUCUCAUGACGGACUUGUGCCAGACUGUUUCGAGAGACGCAAGCCCAAGAGAUUUAUGGCAAAGCUUAGUUUUUACUAUCUUGCCUCCAGCUGCGAUGAUCAGAAUAUAGAAAUCAAGAAGAAGCUUACCACAGCACUAAAUACAGCUUUGAAAGUUGUCUGCAAAAGAAGUCUGAAAUGUAACAUCAGUGAAGUGACCAUCCUGUGUUCCUCGCAUCGUCGUAAAAAACGAACCGUGGGUGUGAACAGUAUAAGGCUCGAGAUUCUUGUACAGAUCGACUUGGGGGACUACGAAGACAAAGGGAGCCCAUCUGAGACUAUGGAGCACUAUGAUGAAGUGGUGGAACGAAUUAAUCUGGCAUUAAUAUCAAGUGCUGAGCAAGACAUCUUUAACAUACCCGACAUAGGAACAUUUGAAAGCUUAGAUUAUGCACAGCCCGUCUUCACGUGUGAUUCAGGGAAACUUUUAGUCCAGAGCACAAUGUCUUGCUCUGGCUGUGGUACAGGACACAUGUUGGACAACUCCACAAACUCUUGCAUUCCCUGUCCUCGGGGAACGUAUCAAAGUGGUGACAGCUCUACAUCCUGUACUCAGUGUCCUGAGGGUAUGAGUACAGCGGACACACAAUCUGCUUCAGAAGAUCAGUGCUUAAUUUUGUGCAAGCCUGGUGAGGUUUCCGUGACCGGACUGGAACCCUGUUCUCCUUGUCAAAAAGGCAGCUAUCAAGAAAAGAAGGGCAUGGCUGAAUGCGAAUUUUGUCCUUUUGGCAUGAUGACCUCAUUAGAAAGUUCUACUUCUAGCUCGGAUUGUCUUUUUUACAAUGUCCGGAUGGACAAAGAUACAUCUCACGCCAUUGUUCAGCUGCCUGAUCUUUACCCCACAAGCUUUACUUUACUAAUGUGGGCACACCCAGUUUCCAGCAACCAAAAGGAGGUUCUCGAUUUUUCAUUAGAUGGCAGUCACACCAAGAACAUGUCUGCAUAUUUCAACCUGGGCAGUGUCAAACUGUUUGUAACACCCAGCAAUUUAGGAAAUAUUUCAGGUGUAAGGAAAUGGUAUCAUGUGGCUCUUGUGCUUAUGAAUGAAACAACUAUUUUGUAUGUUCAUGGCAAAGAAGUUAUGAGAGCGGAAACUCCUCACACGGCAGAAUUUACAAAUACAAAAUUUAUGUUCUCACCUUCUGAUUUAUUAAAAUCUGUUGUCGUUAGUGGUGUCCAGAUGACUUCUUCAGCUCUGUUGGAGGAGGAAGUGCUAAACUUUUCAACAUCCUGUAAUGGUCAGGUAGAGAAGAACAUCCUAGGAAUCAGCAAAAUAGACACCACUUUGGUAACUCUCAGUACUUGUGAUGAUGUGAACGACUGUGCUGGCAACCCCUGUGGUGAGUUUGGUACCUGCAUUGAUCAGCCUGGUAGUUUUGCUUGUCUCUGUGACCAACCCUGGUCAGGUGAUCGGUGUCAAGUGGUGCCAGAUUUCUGCCUUGAUCACAGCUGUGCAGAGGGGUCCACAUGUGUUAACAACCCUAGAAACAAGACGUAUGUUUGUUCAUGUCCUUCAGGUUAUGCUGGAAACCUGUGUCAUGACAUAAUUGUGAAUGGAAACUGGGCUCAGUGGGAAGAAUGGGGGCUAUGUUCAGUUGCUUGUGGUUCAGGGCACAGGUCAAGAAUUCGGAGAUGUAAUAAUCCCAAGCCUAAUCUAGUGGGUCAGUAUUGUCCUGGAAGUGAAACAGAGAGGGAAAGUUGUGAAGAAAAACCUUGUGCUGUUGAUGGACACUGGAGUGAGUGGUCAUUGUGGACUUACAGUGCCACUUGUGGAAAAGUAACUGCAUUCAGACAAAGAAUGUGUAACAAUCCUGCUCCAAGUCAUGGAGGGAGUUUAUGUCUGGGUGUGAAAACUGAAUUUCAAACUUAUGAAAACAAGAUAUGUCCAGUUGACGGAUUGUUUGGUCUGUGGUCAGAGUGGUCACAGUGUAGUGCUACAUGCGGUGGAGGGUCAUCUAGGAGAAGUCGUGUCUGUGACAGUCCACCACCUUCCCAUGGAGGUGUCCAGUGUAACAGUAGCCAGGCAGCAGAGACCAGAUUGUGCAGUGUUCAUAAUUGUCCCAAAUGCAAGGUAUUAAACACCUCAGAGACUGGUGAAUCGUUAAAUUGUGCCUACAAUCAAACUGUCGACAUGACAGUUUGCCACAUUAUGUGUGAACCUGGAAUGGUGAUGGUACCUAAUGAUCUUAAUGAGUUUCAGUGUGGACAGUUGACAAAUUAUACAUGGUCGCAUCAGACAAAGGAAAACCCUACUGGAAUUCUUCCUAAGUGUACAGAUGCGAAAAUACCAUCUUCACAAAAGACGUCAUUAAAUGUCAUUUUUGAAAACAUCAACUGCAGCAAACUACCAGCAAUUUCAGAGUUUAAAAAUUCCAUAAACAGCAACCUGGAGCAAACAGUUGAGUGCAAGGGCAUCGUUGGCUGCAGCAUUCACAUCCAGACCACGUUAUCCUGUGGACAACAACAACAAUCCUCAAUAGGUUCUCUUCUUGUGAUGAUAAGCAUGGAGAUUUCUCAAACAGGACAACAUUCAGAGUAUCUAAGUUCACUCUCAGAAAGUGAAAUAACAGUUCAGAUGAACCGUCUGCAACUGAUUGAAAACAUAACACUUCAGCUGAUGAAUCAGUUCAGCAACAUUUAUGAACUUAAUGUCCAAGGUGUCAAAUACAAUGGAAAAAUUAGUUCUGCUAAAGCAGAAGUGAAAUGUCCCCAAGACGGCUCUGGAUUUUUGGAGGGAGUUUGUGUGAAUUGUCCCUCUGGGUUCUAUUCUGACAGCAAGGGCUCCUGUGUUCGAUGUGGUAAAGGAUUCUACCAGAAUAAAGCUAGAAUGUCAUCUUGUGUUCAGUGCCCAGAAG